AACUCCAUUACACUCAGCGGAGAAGGGAGGAGAAAAAGAAAAAAAACACUUUCAAAGGCGACGAAGCCAAGUCCGACUGUCGUGCUUCGCAGCAAUGGCUGAUGCGUUGAAGAAACGCGCAUCUUGGACUCUGUUUGGGAUCGUUUUGCUAGGAAGUUUAUUUGCAUAUUCCAUAGCAACGGAGGAGGCUCCUAAAAUUGGAACAGUUAUUGGCAUAGAUCUUGGUACAACCUACUCAUGUGUUGGUGUUUACAAGAAUGGUCAUGUUGAAAUUAUCGCAAAUGAUCAAGGUAACCGCAUCACACCCUCGUGGGUUGCGUUUACCGACAAUGAGAGGUUGAUCGGUGAAGCUGCCAAGAAUUUGGCAGCUGUUAAUCCAGAGAGGACCAUCUUUGACGUCAAGAGACUUAUUGGCAGAAAGUUUGAGGAUAAAGAAGUUCAGAAGGACAUGAAACUUGUUCCAUACAAGAUUGUGAACAAGGAUGGAAAACCCUACAUUGAGGUUAAAAUCAAGGAUGGUGAGACCAAGGUGUUCAGCCCUGAAGAAAUCAGUGCCAUGAUCUUGACAAAAAUGAAGGAAACAGCUGAGGCUUACCUUGGGAAGAAAAUCAAGGAUGCUGUUGUUACUGUUCCUGCUUACUUCAAUGAUGCUCAGAGGCAGGCUACUAAAGACGCUGGAAUGAUUGCUGGUUUGAAUGUUGUGAGAAUUAUUAAUGAACCAACUGCAGCAGCAAUUGCGUAUGGUUUGGAUAAGAAAGGUGGUGAAAAGAACAUUCUUGUCUUUGAUCUUGGUGGUGGAACUUUUGAUGUCAGUAUCUUGACCAUUGACAAUGGUGUGUUUGAGGUUCUUGCAACAAAUGGAGACACCCAUUUGGGAGGUGAGGACUUUGAUCAAAGGGUGAUGGAAUAUUUCAUUAAGUUGAUCAAGAAGAAGCACAGCAAGGACAUCAGCAAGGACAACAGAGCACUUGGCAAGUUGAGGAGAGAAUGUGAGCGUGCAAAGAGAGCUUUGAGCAGUCAGCACCAGGUCCGCGUGGAGAUUGAGUCUCUCUUUGAUGGUGUAGAUUUCUCUGAGCCUCUUACAAGGGCUCGUUUUGAGGAACUGAACAAUGAUUUAUUCAGAAAGACCAUGGGUCCAGUUAAGAAGGCCAUGGAUGAUGCUGGUCUUGAAAAACGUCAAAUUGAUGAAAUUGUUCUUGUUGGUGGAAGCACUAGGAUUCCCAAGAUUCAACAGCUUCUCAAGGACUACUUUGAUGGAAAGGAGCCCAACAAGGGAGUCAACCCUGAUGAGGCUGUUGCUUUCGGUGCUGCUGUCCAAGGAGGAAUUUUGAGUGGCGAGGGAGGCGAUGAGACCAAAGAUAUUCUUCUCUUGGAUGUGGCACCAUUGACCCUUGGUAUUGAAACUGUUGGAGGAGUGAUGACCAAAUUGAUUCCAAGGAACACUGUCAUUCCAACCAAGAAAUCACAAGUUUUUACCACUUACCAGGACCAACAAACUACUGUCACAAUCCAGGUCUUUGAGGGUGAACGGAGCCUUACAAAGGACUGUAGGUUGCUUGGGAAAUUUGACCUGACAGGAAUUGCACCAGCCCCAAGGGGAACCCCUCAAAUUGAAGUCACCUUUGAAGUUGAUGCUAAUGGUAUCCUGAAUGUCAAGGCUGAAGACAAGGCCUCUGGGCGAUCAGAGAAGAUCACAAUCACCAACGACAAAGGUCGUUUGAGCCAGGAAGAGAUUGAACGGAUGGUGAAGGAAGCUGAGGAAUUCGCCGAGGAAGACAAGAAGGUGAAGGAAAGAAUUGAUGCCCGAAACAGCCUAGAGACUUAUGUCUAUAAUAUGAGGAACCAGAUCAAUGACAAGGACAAGCUAGCAGACAAAUUGGAGUCGGAUGAGAAGGAGAAGAUCGAGACAGCAACCAAGGAGGCCCUUGAGUGGAUGGAUGACAAUCAGAACGCUGAAAAGGAGGAGUACGACGAGAAGCUGAAGGAGGUUGAGGCAGUGUGCAAUCCUAUCAUCACUGCUGUCUAUCAGAGGUCUGGUGGAGCCCCGAGUGAGAAAAUGGAAGAUGAAGAGGAUGAUGCCCAUGAUGAACUGUGAAAGGCAAGGGAAGGUUUGUAGGUGUUUUAGGUCUCGAAUUUCACUGAUUGGAGAUGUUGGUGAAGUAACUUGCGUUUUAAAAAAGUUUUGAUGAGGACUAGAAUGAUAUGCAGUAACAGGGAAUGGGUUCGGAACUUUCUUUCUUGUAUUAUUUUGUGGAUAUUGCAAUCCCCGUGAUCUGUCGUAAUCUGGAUUUUGAUCAAUAUGAAUUCAAGGUCUACUUCUAAUUUGAGGAUUCAA